UUUCAUCUUUAUCUAAUUUUUUAUCAAAUGACACGUGACAUUCUCGUUAAAGAUUGUCAGAUUCUGUUAAUGUGUGACGUUCAAACAAAUAAUUAAUUAUUGGUAUACAGCCAAGGAAGUAGUUUGAAGAGUAAAAUGCCGACAACGCCUCCUCAAAUAUCGCCUGUCGAGGAGCAGGAAAAGUACCUACAUGACGCUUUGGGGGUGGUGAAAGCUCAAGCAUUUCACAUGAAACGAGCGCUCGAUAAAAACAAGCUAAAGGAUGCCCUUAAAAAUGCCCAUGCAAUGCUUGCAGAACUGCGAACGUCGAUUUUAUCACCAAAGAGUUACUAUGAACUGUAUAUGGCAAUAACGGACGAACUGCGUCACCUCGAGCUAUACCUAGUGGAUGAGUUCGAAAAGGGAACAAAAAUUCCUGAUUUAUACCAAUUUGUACAAUAUGCAAACAACAUUGUACCACGACUCUACUUGCUGAUAACAGUUGGAUUGGUUUACAUCAAGACCAAUCCGUGCUUGAGACGAGAUCUGCUGAAGGACUUGGUGGAAAUGUGCAGGGGAGUUCAACAUCCAUUAAGAGGUUUGUUUUUGAGAAACUACCUUCUCCAAUGUACCAGAAACGUUCUUCCCGAUGCGUCUGAAAUUGAUGUAGACUCGCCCGAAGGAACGGUUAAAGAUUCCAUAGAUUUUGUCCUGAUGAAUUUUGCAGAAAUGAAUAAGUUAUGGGUGAGAAUGCAACAUCAAGGACAUUCUAGGGAGCGACGACACAGAGAAAAGGAACGAGAAGAGUUGAGAAUUUUAGUUGGAACCAACCUGGUAAGACUAAGUCAAUUGGAGUCGGUUACACUAGAUAAAUACCAAAAAUUGGUGUUGCCAGGAAUCUUGGAACAGGUCGUUAGCUGUCGGGAUGCGAUAGCUCAAGAAUAUCUGAUGGAAUGCAUCAUUCAAGUUUUUCCCGAUGAGUUUCACAUUCAAACGCUGACACCCUUUUUAAAGUCUUGUGCCGAACUGGAGCAGGGCGUUAAUGUGAAAAAUAUCGUUAUUAGUCUUAUGGAAAGACUGGCUGCUUUCAGUCAGAGGACCGACAGUCAUGGAAGUGAAGGUGUCAACAUUUUGAAAGAAGUACAACUGUUCGAGGUGUUCUCUGUUCAGAUUUCAUCUAUUAUUAGCAAUAGGCAAUAUUUGCCUCCAGAAGAUAUGGUUUCGCUACAGGUAGCACUCAUCAAUUUGGCCUUAAAAUGCUACCCAGAUAGGAUCGACUACAUUGAUGAAGUUAUGCUGUCCAGUGUCGAGAUGUUUCAACGGCUCGGUUUAGACCGUCUUGAGCACCACACGUCAGUCGCAAAGGAACUACAAAAGUUAUUAAAAAUUCCUUUGGACACUUACAAUGAUCUUCUAAUGGUUCUCAAGCUAAAACAUUAUGCAGGUCUUAUGCAACAUUUGGAUUAUAUUGGCCGCAAGUCUUUGAGCAUUUACAUACUGAACAACGCACUUGAAAAUGAAACGAUCAUUCCAUCUCACGAGGAGACUGAACAGGCUCUAACUCUGCUCUCCACUUUGGUUUCCGAAAAAGGCGAAAAUCCAGUUGGAAAUGUCGAUUUAGAGGAACUAGCCGAAGAGCAAUGUUUGUUAGCCCGAUUCAUUCAUCAAAUGAAAUCAGGUGUCGCUGAUGAGCAGUAUCAUAUUUUGACGGUGGCAAGAAAGAUUCUAGGAACCGGAGGUCCGUUGCGCAUCAAAUACACACUUCCACCGUUAGUUUUCCAGGCGUGCCAGUUGGCAUUUCAAUAUAAAGCCCUAAAGGAAAACAAUUGGGACAAGAAAUGUACCAAGUUAUUCCAAUUUUGUCAUCAAACUAUCACUGCUCUAGUUAAGGCCGAAUUGGCUGAAUUGCCACUGAGGCUCUUCUUACAAGGCGCUUUAGCCAUCGAUCAAAUAGGCUUUGAAAAUCAUGAAACUGUAGCCUACGAGUUUAUGUCGCAGGCCUUUUCUCUGUACGAAGAUGAAAUUUCUGACUCGAAAGCACAAUUAGCAGCCAUUACUCUGAUCGUCGGUACAGUAGAACAAAUUAGUUGCUUUUCCGAAGAAAAUUCAGAUCCUCUUCGAACCCAGUGCGCUCUUGCUGCCAGUAAGCUUUUAAAGAAACCUGAUCAGUGUAGAGGGGUUGCGACUUGCAGCCAUUUGUUUUGGAGCGGCAAAAGUUUAGCCAGCAACAAAGAGGAAGUCCAUGAUGGUAAAAGGGUGGUAGAAUACCUGAAGAAAGGAUUGAGAAUUGCCAAGCAGUGUAUGGACGUGAGCGUUCAAGUGCAAUUGUUCGUUGAACUGCUCAAUCAUUAUAUCUACUUUUUGGAAAAGGGCAACGAUCAAGUGAACAUAGAGGUUUUAAACCAGGUGAUCAAAAAAAUUAAGGAAGAGCUGCCCAACUUAGAAAGUUCGGAUGAAACCGAGCAAAUCACAAAGCAUUUUAAUAAUAGCUUAGAACACAUUAAGGUACGUUCAGAAUCGUCAGAUGAUGAUCAGAUAUAUAAAGGUAUAGAAAUUUAAAUAGCUGGAAAGGCAGGUUUUUAAGUAGCAUUUAAUAAAUUUAAAAUACAACAUUUAUUGAAAUCGAAUUCAUACCUGACCCAUUGUAUAUAUAUACAUGAAGCAGAAAUUCUACAGAAAUUAAGGAAACGCAAUUAUAGCAAGGGAAGUAGUAAUAUAUUCAAAUUUAUAGCUUAAAUAGUAUCUAAAAAUUUUAAUAAAUUGCCUGUCCUAAACGGAUUCAAACGCAAUAUUUAUAUUUAGGCAAUUUUAUUUGUAUAUUUUGCAUAUUAUAACCAUUAUUUUAUUUUAUCUUUGUUGUAGUCAAGUCAGUUAAUAUACAAUUUUCCACACUGAUGGUUUCUCACA